ACAUUCAAGAUUUUUUCCCACAAUGCAUCAUUUUUCUCUUAAAUUUACUCCCUUUAAGUUUCUUCACAUUUGCUGCCACCUCUAUCAAGAACAAGAAUGGCCACCAAACUUGGAUUCAGUAUAACAAGCUCUAAACUUUUUCAUGCCCCUUUUAAAAGACCAAUCUUUUCUGCUUCUUCUUCACCAAGGCUCCCAUUGAUCCCUUUUGGUGUCAGUAGAAAGUUGUCUAUUAGAAGAAAGUUGUUGAUUCUUUCCCCUAAGGCUGCUGCUGACCAGCCAGGUCAGGUCAAAGAGGAAGUGGAAGAGGACACUAAAAUUUUGCAGUAUUGUAGUCUUGACAGGAAAGAAAAGAAAUCUAUGGGUGAAAUGGAACAAGAGUUUCUCCAAGCACUACAAUCAUUCUAUUAUGAAGGAAAGGCCAUAAUGUCGAAUGAGGAAUUUGAUAACCUCAAAGAAGAACUAAUGUGGGAAGGGAGCAGCGUUGUCAUGCUAAGUGCCGAUGAACAGAGAUUUUUGGAAGCUUCUAUGGCUUAUGUAUCUGGGAAUCCGAUUUUGACAGAUCAAGAGUUUGACAAGCUGAAGUUGAAACUUAAGAUGGAUGGCAGUGAAAUUGUGGUUGAGGGUCCACGAUGCAGUCUCCGUAGUAGAAAGGUUUACAGUGACCUUUAUAUUGAUUAUCUGAAGAUGUUCUUGCUAAAUGUCCCUGCAGCUGUUGUUGCGCUUGGAUUGUUUUUUUUCCUCGAUGAUUUAACUGGAUUUGAGAUCACUUAUCUUUUGGAGCUUCCAGAGCCAUUCAGCUUCAUUUUCGUGUGGUUUGCUGCAUUGCCCUUCAUAUUGUGGCUAUCCUUUACAUUUACAAACAUUAUCGUCAAAGAUUUUCUGAUCUUAAAGGGGCCCUGUCCGAAUUGUGGAACAGAUAACACUUCCUUCUUCGGUACCAUAUUAUCUGUGUCUAGUGGAGGUAAAACCAACAAAGUGAAAUGCACAAAUUGUGCUACGGAGAUGAUCUAUGAUUCAGCCACACGCUUAAUCACAUUGCCGGAAGGAAGUAGCGCAUGAAAUCUAG